AUGGAUUCUUCAUCACAUCAUAGAAGAGGAGGAGGAGGAGGUAUGGUUUCGCUAUCGCCAUCGCCAUCGCACACUCCUCGAUCAACUGAUAAGUCAGCAAGAGAUCUGCGAUCUGGGGAUUUCAAUGCCCAUUCCAAUUCCAGCAGUAAACAUGAUAAAGAAAAGGGUGUCAAUGUGCAGGUCAUUGUGCGUUGCAGGCCACUGAGUGAGGAUGAGUUGAGGGUGCACACUCCGGUAGUGAUUUCUUGUAACGAGGGUAGAAGGGAAGUGUCCGCGGUUCAGAAUAUUGCUAACAAGCAGAUAGAUAGAACCUUUCUAUUCGACAAGGUUUUUGGCCCAGCAUCCAAACAAAAGGACUUGUAUGAUUUGGCAGUGUCUCCAAUUGUGUACGAAGUUCUUGAAGGUUAUAACUGCACCAUCUUUGCGUAUGGCCAGACAGGAACAGGGAAGACAUACACAAUGGAAGGAGGAGCCAGGAAAAAGAAUGGAGAAUUUCCAAGUGAUGCCGGUGUUAUACCAAGAGCAGUUAAACAAAUUUUUGAAAUAUUAGAAGCUCAAAAUGCCGAGUAUAACAUGAAAGUUACCUUUUUAGAGCUGUACAAUGAGGAAAUAACAGAUCUUUUGGCCUCAGAAGAAACUCCAAAAUUUAUCGAUGACAAAUCUAAGAAACCAAUAGCUCUUAUGGAAGAUGGAAAAGGCGGUGUUCUUGUAAGAGGCUUAGAAGAAGAGAUAGUAUGUACUGCUAAUGAAAUUUACAAAAUCUUGGAGAAGGGCUCUGCCAAAAGGCGCACAGCUGAGACUCUUCUUAACAAGCAAAGGGAGGAGAUGAUCAAAUGUGGAAAGCUGAAUCUUGUUGAUCUUGCUGGUUCUGAGAAUAUUUCCCGUUCUGGUGCCCGAGAGGGGAGAGCAAGGGAAGCAGGGGAGAUUAAUAAAAGCUUGCUUACACUUGGUCGUGUGAUCAAUGCUCUUGUUGAGCAUUCUGGUCAUAUUCCUUAUAGGGAUAGCAAACUAACCAGGCUAUUGAGAGAUUCGCUUGGUGGGAAAACAAAGACAUGCAUAAUCGCCACAGUAUCACCCUCUAUUCAUAGUCUGGAAGAAACACUCAGCACUCUAGAUUAUGCACACCGUGCUAAAAAUAUAAAGAACAAACCAGAGAUAAAUCAAAAGAUGAUGAAAUCUGCAAUGAUUAAGGAUCUGUAUUCUGAAAUUGACCGACUGAAGCAAGAGGUAUAUGCUGCCAGAGAGAAAAAUGGAAUCUAUAUACCACGAGAUCGUUAUCUUCAGGACGAGGCUGAAAAGAAGGCAAUGGCUGAAAAAAUAGAGCGCAUGGAACUUGAUUCAGAAUCCAAGGACAAACAAUUUUUGGAGAUCCAGGAACUCUACGAUUCUCAGCUACAUUUGACAGCAGAUUUAAGCGAGAAACUUGAUAAAACCGAGAAAAGGCUCGAGGAAACUGAAAAUUCAUUAGUAGAUCUCGAAGAAAAACACAGACAAGCAAACACAACUAUAAAGGAGAAGGAAUUUUUUAUAUCUAAUCUCCUCAAAUCUGAGAAAGGACUAGUUGAGCGUGCAUUUGAGCUUCGAUCAGAGCUAGAAAAUGCUGCAUCAGAUGUGUCUGGUUUAUUUGCCAAAAUUGAGCGGAAGGAUAAAAUUGAAGAUGGAAACAGAGUCCUUAUACAGGAAUUCCAGUCCCAGUUGACCCGACAACUUGAGAUCUUACAUAAGACUGUGGCAGCCUCAAUGACUCAACAAGAGCAGCAACUAAAAGACAUGGAGGAAGAUAUGCAGUCCUUUGUAUCAACGAAGGCCGAGGCUACUGAAGAACUUCGAGGGAGGGUUCGAAAGCUGAAAACCAUGUAUGGAUCUGGUAUCAAAGCUUUGGAUGAUAUGGCCAAAGAGCUUGAGGAAAAUUCUCGGUCUACUUUUGGUAGUCUGAAUACUGAAGUUUCCAAGCAUUCACAUGCUGUUGAGGAUUUCUUCCAAAGAAUUGCUUCAGAAGCGGAUGCAUUAUUUAAUGAUCUUCAAAGCAAUCUUGAGAUGCAAAAGAAAAAGCUAAGUGCAUAUGCACAACAGCAGCAUGAGGCACAUUCCAGAGCAGUAGAAACUGCACGAUCAGUUUCAAAAAUCACAGUCAAAUUCUUCAAGACUCUAGACAUGCACGCGUCUAACCUGACCGAAAUUGUGGAAGAAGCACAAAUAGUCAAUGAUCACAAAUUGUCUGAACUGGAAAAGAAGUUUGAGGAGUGUGCUGCGAAUGAAGAAAGGCAAUUGUUGGAGAAAAUGGCAGAGCUGCUUGCGAGUUCAAAUGCGAGGAAGAAAAAACUGGUGCAAAUGGCUGUGCAUGAACUCCGGGAAAGUGCAAACAGUAGAACUAACAAACUGCAGCAAGAAAUGUCAACCAUGCAGGAUUCCACUUCUUCUAUUAAAGCUGAAUGGACAGUCCACAUGGAAAAAACAGAAUCCAACCAUUUUGAGGACACUUCUGCCGUGGAAAGUGGAAGGAAAGUCCUGGAGGAGGUUCUUCAUAACUGUUUACACAAGGCAAAAAUGGGUGCACAACAGUGGAGAAAUGCUCAAGAAUCCUUGCUCAGCCUAGAAAAAAGCAAUGUUGCUUCUGUGGAUUCCAUUGUUAGGGGAGGAACCGAAGCCAACCAAAUCCUUCGUGGACGGUUUUCUUCUGCUGUAUCAGCUGCAGUUGAAGAUGUUGACAUUGCAAACAAUGAUCUCCUCUCAUCCAUUGAACAUUCAUUACAUCUUGACCGCGAUGCUUGUGGAAAUUUCAAUUCCAUGAUUUCUCCUUGUUGUGAAGAUCUGAGGGAACUGAAGGGUAGCCACUACCACAAGAUCGUUGAAAUUACGAAUAAUGCUGGGAACUGUCUUCAGGAUGAAUAUGUGGUGGACGAACCAUCUUGUUCAACACCAAGAAAGAGGUCAUUCAAUCUGCCAACCGUUGCAUCAAUUGAAGAACUUAGAACUCCUGCUUUUGAAGAAUUGUUGAAGUCAUUCUGGGAUGCAAAAUCCGCAAAACAAGUAAACGGAGACAUCAAACAACAUGUUGUGGCGGCAUAUGAGGCUGCUGCCCAAUCCUUAAGAGACUCAAGAGUUCCUCUCACCGCUAUUAACUGA